GUGGAAAGAGGAACACCAAAGAGGACACAAGGAGCCAGUCCCAGCAGCUGCCUCCAAGGCCCUUCUUUACAUUCAAGGGGAAACCUCCCCAGCUCUUCUCCUGGCAGCCACCCACCCCUUCCCAUCCCCUCGCCCCGAGUGCUGUGCUUGUGGAUGGACCAGUGGUACCAGCCCUGGCGGACCUCGCCUGACCCAGCCAGCCCCUUUUCCCCGGGAACAGGGGACAAUGGGUGGUGGGAGCAGGCCACCAAAGAGCAAGGCCUCACAGUGGCGGUGGUGGUAACAGAGAGGCAAAGGCCAAGCCAAACGCGUGGGGAUGGGGCAGACAGAGGAGGACCCGUGAGAUGGGGAAAGAGAAGAAGGGUUGAAGAGGGUUGAAGUGGGUUGAGAGCUGCCUUCAUGGGGAGAGGUAUAGAUAACACUCCCUGUGGCUUGAGGCAGGGGAAGAAAAGGGGAGGCAGACCAAGAGAGCCCCUCAUAGUACAAGGCCAAAGCGGCUGGAGGGACAGGGUAUAUGUGUGUGUGGGGGGGGGGGCAACAGACACCCCGUCUGCCCCUUGGGGACACCCCAAAACAUCUGCCUUCAGGGGGCAGAUGAAGUGCGGUUGGCUCCUCCAGCCCAACAGGAGAGCUCCAUGGCCCAGUGAAGGGUGGCAUUCAGUGUCCUUCCCACUCAAAGCCACCCUGAGGCUGCUCAGGUGGUGGGAUGUUCAGCAGGCUGGCUCCAGUGAGAGGAUGUGGCUCCAUGAGGCUCCUCUUGCGUGCAGCCGAAGGAGGUGGUGGCGGUGGAAGAGGACUUCUCUCCAGGUUCCCAAGAGGCCGUAUGUGCUUCCAGAUGCAGUUGAGCUUUCUGGUGAGCAAGAAGCAUGGCAAAUGUGCUUUCGGGGCCCUGGCUGCAGAUCCUGCCCACACGGCAGCUGCCCGCCCUGUAAUGCUGAGCUCUGCCCUACAGAGAGGGGCCACAGCUCAUCAUGAAGCCCAUCCAGUUUUUCUCUUCAGCCACUGCUGACUAUUCCCCACUUCUUCUCAGAGAGCCUCCACCCCUGCACUCAGCCCUUUCACGCUUUAUAUCCCAUUCUUUCCUGUACAGCCAUCUUUUCCCCUCUUCCUUCUGCCUGUCCCUCUUCAUCUCCCUCUAUUUGUUUCCUACUUUCUCCCUCCCCAUCCCUCCAUCUCUCCAGUAUAGAUUGUCCUCAUCCCUGCCCCUCCUCUCCCUUCCUCAGCUCCCUUUCCUGCUUCCCUCCUGCAUAUCUCCCCCUCCUUCCCCCAAGCCUGCCUGGCAGAACCUCCUCCAGGAAGGCAGGCUGAUUAGCAUUGCAAACACACAGAGGCCUCCUCAGCCCAACAUAAAUCUUCAUUUGUCAGUCAUGAAUAUUUCACACCUGCCUCAGGAGGGAUUUAUUCAGCGUGGAAGAGUGGGGAGUGGGAAUGUGGCACUGGAGCAUGAGCUGGGGUCAGCCAUCACCUACAGGUGUGGAAAAGAGCUCUGCCCUACAGGAAACCAACACCACACACCUAGGGUCCUGCUUUCACUCUUCUGGAUACAGGAAUCCAAUCCAGCUCUCCUUCAGCCUAUUCUUGAGGAGAGGGCAGAUCAGAACUCCUUCUCAUUAUGUACUCUCCACUCUUUCCAACAAAGUGAACUAAAACCUCAUUGUUCCCUGUCAGUAGUCACCAACACAGAAAUAAUGUGUGAAGGGGGUGGUCCUUGUUCUGCCCCAUGGGUCUACUUUGCCCUGGGAAAGGGCAAGGAUGAGGAGCUAUCACCAAAACCAAGCCGUAGAGGGCUUAGAAGUUUUGGACAUUCUCCUGGGGCCUUUUUCCACCAUGAAGGUCUUACAGGUGUCAUCAUGCCCUACUCUCUGCUAGGGCCACCCACAGGAAAGGGAUAGGAUAGGCCUAAUGCAAAGCCAUUUGCAAUCAGUGAGAGGAAGGUGGUAGGAGAUCUUAUAGUGAUUGCAACCAGCUCCAAAUCAAGUUCUUCCUGUAUCAGAUUUCCCUGCAGGUGAGGCAAUCCUGGCUCCCCCAAGAAUGGCCUUGCCUGCAGAUCUGGGAAAGGUGAAACCGGGGCAGGGGGAUAGUAGUAAUCAUUUCUCUUAUGAGAUCUAUCCUUAUGGGCCUCUCUCCUAUUUCUAAAUAAUUAGGAGAAAUGAUGAGCACUUGGAAGAGCAGGACUUUGGCAUAUAACACAUUCCCCUUCAUACACACAGCCCUGAAAAGCAGCUAAGAGACCACAUUUGGGGCAAGGGGAGUGGACACUGGAAAGAGGAGCAGAAGGUUUUUUGGGGUUGAUUAGGUUGGGCUCUCUUUGGGGUGCAUUCCCUCUCAAACUUGUAGGAGUCUCUCAUAAAAUAAUAUCAGGGAUGAUGGAAAGGAGCAGGAAAAACAGGGAUGAGGAUGGGAGAGACUUUGGGGAGGAGGUUAAAUUCCAACAAACUGGCACAUACACAACAGAUGUUUGCUCAGAAAAAUACAGUAAAAUCAUCAUGCAAAUAGAACGUUAAAUCUGCCUUCCUCCAAAAGGGCUGGCAUCACUUUGCAAGCCCUCAUCCCUGGGAAGGGAGCAGGACAAGGAAGAAGGGAGGAGGAAGGAAGGCGGGACACUUUGUUCCCCUUCCUUGCCCUCUUCCUCCCACAGAACAGUCCAUCUUGUGCAAACUUCAACCACUGGCUUGGAGUGGGGGCUACAGUGGGGAAAAAAUGGCUUUCCCCCCCUACCCAGCCUUACCCCCACCACAGGCAAAAGAAGGGCCUGAUGACAGUUGUAUUCCUGACCUUUCUUUUCUACCUUGCUGGGGUGAUGUGGGGAGAGAGCAGAAACCAUUGGAGUUUAAGGCUUCCCCCUAAAUCUAUAGACUGAGCAGAACUUAUAAUAAGACCAUACAGGAGAGGAGAAGCACGGGGAGGGAAGAGGUGGAGAGAGGAACAGAACUCCAUCCCCCUGUGUCUGUCAUCCUCUUUUUCCUGUCCAAUUCUGUGCCCUAGUCAUUAGCCUUUCCUGCUUGGAUCAUUGCCAUGCUGGAAGACUGCUGGGCCUGCUCUGUGUGAUAGCUGGAGAGGUCUCUGCUGUGCCUGUGCACCUCUCACAGCAUUGACCUGUUUUGGUUUGCUGCAUUGUCCCAGCAUGGAGGUACACUUGGCAGCAGAGAUGUAUUUCACCAUU